AUGUUGGGCUGCAAGAUCUCGUACGACAGCUUGCUGCGCGAGAUCUUGUUGCGGGUUGAAGCUGCAGGAAAAGAUACUCAGUUCAGGAUGUCUAUCUUGGAGCGUUUAGAGCAGAUGGAACAGAGAAUGGCCGAGAUAACCAACCAAAACCCCGGCUCAGAAACCAUGGCAACCAAGGGUGGAGGCGUUGAGGGAGGAGGAGCCACUGAUCACCAAUCCCAGCACUCCCCUGAGCAGGAUUCAUUUGAAGGGCGUGUGGUGGUGGUGUGUGAAAAGAUGAUGUCUCAGCCAUGCUGGGUGUCAUCCAAUCAGCUGGUCCACAGCAAGAGCUCCCGAGGAAUGACCUUACUGCAUCUGGCUGCAGCUCAGGGCUACGCUGGGCUUAUUCAAACUCUCAUUCGUUGGCGUACCAAGCACGCUGACAGUUUAGAUCUGGAGCUAGAGGUGGACCCUCUUAAUGUUGACCAUUUCUCUUGCACCCCACUUAUGUGGGCAUGUGCUUUGGGCCACACUGAGGCGGCAUUGGUACUUUACCAAUGGGACCCAAGAGCUCUCAAUAUUCCUGAUUCGCUGGGCCGCCUGCCACUGAACAUUGCUCGUUCCCGGGGCCACACCCGAUUAGCUGAGCUCUUAGAGCAGCUGCAACAAGCUCUUCCAGCUCAUGGCCAACCUACUGAUACUUGGAUGGACAGGUGGAGUGGCGAAUCACAGCCUAGUGGUAUAAAGCUGAGGAGACGCAGGACAGAGUGCCAGCCAGGGAGCCAGGCCAAGACCCAGAACUGGAGUCAGACCAGACACAGGGGCCCACAGGGAGACCAGGGUGGGCCUCCUCCAACCAAGAGACUCAAACCAAACACAGACACCCAGCAACAGCUAGCGAACUCAACCCCAGAUCCCAAUAGCAGUGAUUCUCUUCUACCCAUCCUCCCACACACCCAGGCCCCCCAACCCAGCUUAGAAAACAUGCCUCCUAACAGCUCCAGCCCAAGCCAUCCACAGCACCACAGCACCCCACUCUCCUACCUGCAGGCCAGGUUAGGGGGGUCUGAAGGUGGCACCAGGUGGACUCUGAGACAGGCUCUGGGACGGCACAGCCUCGCCAGAAGAAUUCUGGGGAAGGAAAGACCAGCCAUUCAUCUCCACCAGAGAGUGUUGUCAGACAGGGGCGAGGAGUCCGAGCUGCUCACCUAUCAUGGUAACGCAGAGGACUUGCAGACGGACAUGGCGAUGAUAGCUGAUCACAUCAUGGAGGCUUCACAUGGCAGGAUCAAACAAGAGUCCACAGUCACUAUAGAGACUGAAAUUGCCUCAGAGAAGUCAAUCAGCAGUGGUCUCAGUUUCCCGGCUGGUUACCUCAGUCAUGUGGAGAGGUCUCAGAACCCUUGUCCCAGACCAAAGCCUCUCUCAGGACCCGAGGAUCAGGACAGUCCCCAGGCAAAGCAAGGCCUGUCCCAUCCGUCCGACUUGAGCUCCUUCCUCUGUGCAGCUAUGAAAGAGGAGAGAUUGAAGACUGACCCCUCCUGUCUAGCCAUGACUGAGGCAGAGCAGAGAGAACUGUAUGAGACCAUCAGGCACGCUCUACACUCCCUCAAAAAACGCAAGGGUCCCAUUCAGGAACGCAAAGAGAUUGCAGCAGUGGUCCAGUGCUGUUACAAGAGAUACAAGCAGGUAACUGCCAGCAAACAGCUACUGAACUAUGCACUUUAUAAGAGGAUGACCCUGGCAGCCAUCCUGAUCCAGAGUCGUUUCCGGAGUUUCCAUGAGCAGAAGAAGUUCCAGCAGAGUCGCAGAGCAGCUGUCCUCAUUCAGCAAUACUAUCGCUCGUACAGACACUCCCUCAGGUAUCACACACACACACACACACACACACACACACACACACGCUCUCACAGCAGUCUCCUCACAAAGAAACAGAAUCAGGCUGCCCGCAAGAUUCUGCGGUUCCUGCUCCGAUGCCGCCACAGCCCCUUGAUGGACCAUAGGCCUCUGAAACGGGGUCAGAGAGCAGAGAAAGGCCAGGGGUCCUGA